AGUUGUUCUAUAGUUGUGGCAUGGAGUAGUGUGUUGAGGUUGUUGAAUUUACGGUUUUGUUAUUGAUAUUUUGACAUGUAAACGAACCAAGUAUAGAAGUGUUUUUGUUUUGUUUAGUGUUAAUAAUUGUUUAGUUUUCAAAGUUGAAUAUUGUGUUUGUUAGUAAACUCUAACGAAGGUACUUAAUUUGAGAAUAGAAGUACCUAGCAAAAGGAAACAAAAGGCUUUAAAGUGACGUUAUUUUGUGUGCCUCGACAAAAGCGAUCAUCUCAGAGCGAAAGCCGUGAUGGGAUGAUCGGCCUGCAAGAAUGUGGGCCCGCGCCGCCUAGAGCGCCGCUCUCGACCACAGCGCCCUUAGCCGGAAAUAGUAACCGCAUCCGGGAAAGAACUGCCAUAGCCGUCGACUAUUACAACACUCAUGUCCAUCGAGCUUGGACCAACGCAGGACUAUCCACCAACAAUAGGUCUUCUUUCAACGACCGACACCACCACCAUCCAGCCCCCAGGAGGCCACAACUCUACGCCCCGGAUCAUCUCUGCCGCAGCAAUUCCAGUCUAGAACUCCUCGAGCACAACGGCCGACCGUCGAAUUCCAAUUCUCCUCUAUUGAAGAGGGAAUAUGGAAGCCACGGAUCGAUAGAUGUUAUUGAUAGACCGCAAGUGAUAACUGUUAAUAAUGAGUUUUUCAAGAUGCUGCAGGACUACAGACCUGCAGGUCUAGUAAGUACUGACCAGCGUUCCCCUGGACCUUCGGAGUAUCUCAGAGGCAAAGUUGACGGCAAUGCUGACGACCAAUCAGCGCAAAGUCCUAAACAUAAAAACAAAGUGAAAAAACACUUUUGGGCUAACGGUAGUGCCCCAUCCAGCAAUUCGAAGAUCUCAAAACAGACUAUGGAUGACAGUGUAGUGUGUAGUAGUACUUCGGUGUGUAUUUCCGCCGAGAGUGAAGAAAUCGCGAGGAGGCGUGCGUUUGCGCAUUACGAUUGUCAAUCGUUGACGACGAAUUUAAACUACGCCGUUAGGUUGAGGAGGAAUCUGUUGGCGAAGAGACGAAAUACAGGUGCUUCUGCUGCUUCUGUGAUGGUUCGAUCUUCUACACCUGACGGCGAAAACGAAGACGACACUGGAGAUGGACAGAGUAACGAUUUAGUAGAGAACUGCCCAUUCUUUAGGAAUGAAAUAGGAGGUGAAGAAGAGAGGAUAGUAAGUUUGUCCAGGCUACAAAAUGGACACAACAGAAAACCUCUUCACAGACCUCCCCUGGCUUAUGGAGUGGCCGUUUUGGAAUUUUCUUCCGGGGAGACCCAUUGGAGACAUUCGACUUGUCCGUACCAGCGAUUUCCUAGGCCGAUAGAAAAUGUCGACCAAGGAGCUCUCUAUUACAGAAAAUAUUUUGUUGGAAAAGAGCACCAGAACUGGUUUGGAAUGGAUGAGCAGCUUGGUCCUGUGGUUAUAUCCAUAAAACGAGAAAAAGUUGUACAUCCGGAGAAUCAAUUAACGACUACACUUAUGCAAUAUCAAUAUAGGCUAGUUGUCCGAACAUCUGAACUCCAAACUCUCCGAGGCGCCGUCUUGGAAGACGCAAUUCCAAACAUCAAACCCUCCAGCAAUCCCAAAACACUUAAUACCAAAGAAGUUCUCGAAUACGUAGUCCCCGAAAUCCAGUUAACCGCUUUAAAGCUCGGAAUCCACAAUCAGCACGUCACUGAACAAAUUUUAAAAUUGGAUGAACAAGGUCUUACCAAUCACUAUAAGGUUGGUAUAAUGUACUGCAAGGCUGACCAAAACACCGAAGAGGAAAUGUACAACAACGAAGAGGCAGGCCCAGCAUUUUUAGAAUUUUUAGAAACCAUUGGAAAAACAGUAAGGUUGAACGGAUUUGAUAAAUACAAAGCAGGAUUGGACAAUAAAACUGAUUCUACCGGACUAUAUUCCGUAUAUGCACAAUACCAAGAAUGCGAGAUUAUGUUCCACGUAUCAACCAUGCUCCCAUUCACCCCGAACAACCGUCAACAGCUACUCAGGAAACGACACAUUGGCAAUGAUAUUGUAACCAUUGUCUUUCAAGAACCCGGUGCAUUACCUUUCACUCCGAAAGGUAUUCGAUCUCAGUUUCAACAUGUUUUUAUCGUCGUACAUGCUAUAAACCCAUGUACGGAAAACACUCAUUAUAAGGUAGCUGUAAGUCGAUCUAAGGACGUCGAAGUCUUCGGACCCCCCAUUAAGGAAGGAGCCAUCUUUCCGAAGGGCAAAGUUUUCGCUGAAUUUUUGCUCGCCAAAGUGGUGAACGCGGAGAAUGCUGCGCAUCGAUCCGAAAAAUUUGUCACGAUGGCGACGAGAACUCGUCAGGAAUACCUUAAGGAUCUAGUACAGAAUUAUUCUACGUCGACGAUUGUCGAUACUGGACAAAAAUUUUCUAUAUUUAGUAGCAAAAAGAAGGAAAAAUUCCGUCCCCGGUUCAUACCGGACUUAUGCCAAAGAGGUGCCAUUUUAUGGCAAGUAUUAUUAGACGAUAGUGGACAAGGACAACAAAUAGAAUGUUUCCUCGGCAUUUCUUCGGAUACGUUUAUACUUAUCGAAGAAAAUUCUAGACAAAUAGUUUUCGUAACGCCUUGUAAAUCGAUCCUGGGAUGGUCACCUCAGACGAACAGUUUGAGGUUGUAUCAUCACCAAGGGGAGUGCAUGACGAUUCAUAUGAGGGAUUCUCAUGGAGACAGGGACGAACUUAUGGAAAUCAUGGAGAGGUUGAAGGCUGUUACUUUUGGACACCUAGCGCAAGAGUUAACUAUUAGCCGGAACAUCAUGGGUCAACUGGGAUUCCAUGUCCAACCUGACGGAAUCGUGACUCUUGUAGAAAGCGCAGGCCAAGCCUGGCAGGCGGGUCUUCGACAAAAUUCCCGUCUUGUAGAAAUCUGUAAAGUAGCUGUGGCCACCCUCACCUACGACCAAAUGGUGGACUUGCUGAAAACGUCCAUAACCGUUACUCUAACUGUGAUACCACCUCUUCCUGACGGAAACUCACGUAAGGGAUGUACCCUUCAAAACUGCAAGUACAAUGAAGCUCAUUACGAAGGUGAUUACGACAAUACGACGAACGAAGAAAACAAAAGUAAGAAAGCGCCCCAGAUUCAGCAAGCCGUUUCUGGAAACCAUAGGCGAAUCUACGAGAGAAGUUUUUCGCCUCCUAGAAGUAGUAAUAGUUCUGGAUAUGGGACUGGUAGCAGCAGUAAGUCUUUUCAUGGCCCGGAAGCAAGGUUUCAAAAUAACAUAGAGGGUACUUUAACAAGUUCUUCCAGUGGCCAUUCUGACGACAAAUGGUACGACUUUCUGCACGAAUUCGAGGCGCCCCCUGUACCCCUGAAAGUGAGCCAGCAUGUGUCUCGCAUUCACCAUGCCAACAACACUUUUCCUAGUACACCAAAACGAAACAACUCUCAUCAAAACUCAUAUUUGCAAGUACCCCAAAAUAAUCAAUUUUCUAUUCAGCACAAUAAGGUACAUAUAAGCAAUUCCGUUCCUUUGCAACACAUCAAUAUGUCACAACCAUUGACAGCUUCAAUACAUAGUAGUACCAAUGAGAUGGAUGUCUAUAAGAGCGAGAAAAAUAAUCUUAUUAAACAGCAUAAUGAACGCUUGCGUCAAGAAAGUGAUUACAUGAGUACUAGGGGUUCUAGUAGGUCUGACUAUGCUACAGUGCAAAGUCUGAAUAAUGACUUCAAUAGGGUAGCGCUAAAUGAGAGUCAUUCUACAGACAGUUCUAUUAGCGAGAGAAUUAAUUUAAUAGGUAGCGAAGAGGAGUUGUCCGUUGGUACGGGAAAUGCGUCUCCUAGGACUAGGAGAGCUAUAAAACAUUCGAAUAUAACACAGAAUUACAGUAAUCGAAACCAAAGUCCUAGAUCUAUGAAUGGGGAGGCGAAACUAAGACCGGGUGUUACUUCUCGUAGUUCAAAUCGCAAUAGUGCCAAUUUAUCCACAAACUUCCAAGAAGAGCUUCUACGUCUAAUUAACCCUGAUACUAUAGAAGCUACUUCUGACCAAAAAGUAGCGAAAGAGUCUAAAAAUCACUCCAGGGAAAAUCUUAAUACUACACUAAGUGUACAUAAGACCCAACCAGAAGUGAUAUUGACAAUGGCUCGACCUGCUACUGUUAUUUCUAAUGCUAGUACUACCUCCAGUCCUCUACCCAUAGAGUUCAAACGAACUCAGGACGAAUAUAAGAGGACUCAAGAUGAUCUUGGUGCUUCUCACGUGCCUUUGAGUAAACUGAAGACGACUGUGAGUUUCCCAGAUGAUUUUCCAUUGCCGGAAGAUGGAGACUGGCCAAGUUUGGUUGACACAGCCACAAGCUUUAUAAAUCAAGUUGGAUCCAACCAUGAAGGUGGUAAAGAUAUGGAAGGAACACGAUGCUGGAGUGAUGAUGGCGUCAUCGAUGCUUCUAUUGCUUCUACGGUCAGUUCGAGUACGAGUGUUCCUGAAUUGCAAAGUCACGUUGCCGAACUGGAGUCCAAAGUUAAUAUUGAAACCAGACGUCGAUUGUCUUUAGAAAACGAGGUUCGCAGGCUCAAGGAAGAAAAUCGGAAAUUGCAAGAUCAAGCUCAUGCAGCUGUUCAGCAACUCAGGAAAUUCACCGAAUGGUUCUUCAAAAACGUGAAGAGGCAGUAAUUUCAUUGCUAUCGUUUAUAUGUUAUGCUAUUUUGAAAGUUACUUUUCACUUAUAACUUUCCUUUAUUGUUUGAAAAAAACAAGGUUCAGCCAACAAUUUUAAAUUAUUUUUAUAGUGAUUUAAAAAUUCAGGUCUAAUUCGAUAACUUAUAUAUAACUUAUUUUAAAGAUUUUUUGAUAAAAAUAAUUUCUUGAUCACCUAACUGUUAUUACAAACUGAUUUUUUUUCUUUCUUUGAACUUAGAUGAAAUGUUUUGAUGUUCAAAACUCAAUUUUUAGAUACAUAUUACUUUGUUUUCCUUAGUCAAGAAUCUGAUUCCUUGGUUUAAAAAUUUAAUUGUAUAAUAAUUCCUUACUCUCGCAGAAACCACUAUUAGAUAAUCUACUGUAAUUUUUCCAAGAUCUUGUUAAACUUUUAUAUCUUAAAAAUAUUCGCAAAAUACAUUCACAGGCAUUAUUUUAUUAUAAUAUUGGAAUAUUCUUUGAAACUGAUGAAAUAUUGUAACUUUGGCAACAUCGUGCAUUCUUCUGCUAGUCUAUUGCGCAUUCACUUCAAUUUGUUUUAAAGGAGUCGAUGCAAUUUUGGAAACGUCAAAAUGCGGGAGUGAACUAACUAAUUUUUUUAACAUUAAGCUGUGGUAAAGUUUUAAAUGACAUAAUUUGUUUUUUGUGUCUAUCUUAAACAUAAUAUCGACAACACAAAACACUAGUACUUCUCGGGCCAACAUUAUACUAAAUAUGACAUCUAGUUUGUAUAGGUAUAACAAUGUGUGAAAUUCUCAUAAAAGUAAACAGAUCAGCAAUAUUUUUUUAAAAUGUAGGUGCAGAAUCUGUGCUAUAACCAGUACAGUUCAAAGAAAAGCUCUGGGUUAGCAUUAACGAAAGUACAACUUGAAUGUAGCCGCAUGUCAACCAUGGAACAAAAUAUUUCGGAUUGUCAGUGUUGGCAGCUUUUUAUAAUUUAUCUGUUAUAUGCUUCAAAUAUAAAGGGGGAAAGCUUUCAAAAAGUACAUUUUAAUUAUAUUAUUUUAUAAAUUAUGCAAUUUUUAAUAGGUAGACAAUAACGAGUAAAUAUUUCUCUCUUUCUAGAUUAAUUGCAAAAAUCUGUUGCAAUCUGACAACUUGUGGUUUGAAGAUUGCCAAACAUAUCCGCAAAUCUAGCAAAUGGCAAUUACCAAAAAAAAAAAAAUCUAAUAAUUAACUGCAAUUAAUCUCAAAAGAAUCAAAUAUUUACUCGUUACUGUUUUGUAUAAAUUAAAAAUUGCAGAAUUCAUAAAAUAAUACAAUCAAAAUGUACUUUUUAAAAACUUUCUCUCUUUAUGUUUGAAGCAUUUAACGUAUACAAUAUAAAAACAUGCCAACACUGCCAAACCGAAAUAUUUUGUUCCAUGGUUGACACUUGCGGCUAUAUUCAGCUUGUACUUUCGUUAUUGUUAACCGAGCUCUGACGGACGAGAGCUCAUCUUAAGUAUUAUCAUAGUAAUUUUAUGAAAAACUUGUUUUCGGAAAGUUUUAGGUGAAGAGUGGUUUUUUUAUCGUAUUUAUUAAAUAAAACAAUCACAAACUGUUUGAUGUAUAUAUGUAUAAUUUUU